GUUCGGAGCCUACCCAGUCCGGAGCUCGGAGCUCGGAGGCGGCGGGACCGGUCGGCCCACCACAGAGGACAAGUCAGCAGGUUUCAAGAUGCUACAAGUACAAAGGACCAAACUGGGUCCGCUGGGGCUCAGCUUGUCCCGGGGGCUUCACCACAAAGCCGUGAUGGCGCUGAGGCGGGAGGAUGUCAACGCCUGGGAGCGCAGGGCCCCCCUGGCUCCCCGGCACAUCAAAGGGAUCACCAACCUGGGGUACAAAGUCUUAAUACAGCCUUCCAAUCGGCGGGCCAUUCAUGACAAGGAAUAUGUUAAAGCUGGUGGCAUUCUUCAGGAGGAUAUUUCUGAAGCCUGUCUAAUCUUGGGAGUUAAAAGACCCCCGGAGGAAAAACUAAUGUCUAAGAAGACUUACGCAUUCUUCUCCCACACAAUAAAGGCUCAGGAGGCCAAUAUGGGCUUGUUGGAUGAGAUUCUAAGAAAGGAAAUCCGACUUAUUGAUUAUGAGAAAAUGGUGGAUCAUAGAGGAGUACGGGUAGUGGCCUUUGGGCAGUGGGCAGGCGUAGCAGGGAUGAUCAACAUUUUACAUGGAAUGGGGUUAAGGCUCCUUGCUUUGGGACAUCACACACCUUUUAUGCACAUUGGCAUGGCUCAUAACUACAGGAACAGCAGUCAGGCUGUGCAAGCCGUCCGCGAUGCUGGCUAUGAAAUAUCUCUGGGUUUGAUGCCAAAAUCGAUAGGGCCCUUGACAUUUGUGUUCACAGGGACUGGUAAUGUAUCUAAGGGAGCCCAAGAAAUCUUCAAUGAGUUACCCUGUGAAUACGUGGAGCCACAUGAAUUAAAAGAAGUUUCCCAAAAUGGAGACCUGAGAAAAGUCUAUGGGACGGUGUUAAGUCGCCAUCAUCAUCUUGUCAGGAAAACAGAUGGUGUGUACGAUCCUGUAGAGUAUGACAAAUAUCCUGAGCGCUACAUAAGUCGUUUUAAUACUGAUAUUGCACCCUAUACAACUUGUUUAAUUAAUGGAAUCUAUUGGGAACAAAACACCCCUCGAUUACUAACUCGCCAAGAUGUCCAGAGCCUCUUGGUUCCGGGCAAGUCCUCGGUUGCCGGUGUGGAAGGCUGCCCUGCAUUACCACACAAGCUUGUGGCAAUAUGUGACAUUUCAGCUGACACAGGAGGGUCUAUAGAGUUUAUGACUGAAUGUACGACAAUAGAGCAUCCCUUCUGCAUGUAUGAUGCAGACCAGCAUAUCAUCCAUGACAGUGUGGAAGGCUCUGGGAUUCUGAUGUGUUCCAUUGACAAUCUGCCAGCACAGCUUCCAAUUGAAGCUACAGAGUACUUUGGAGACAUGCUCUACCCGUAUGUUGAAGAAAUGAUAUUAUCAGAUGCAACACAGCCUCUUGAAAGUCAGAAUUUUUCUCCUGUGGUGCGGGACGCAGUGAUUACAUCCAACGGUACAUUGCCUGAUAAGUAUAAAUAUAUCCAGAAACUCCGAGAGAGCAGGGAACUUGCUCAAUCACUUUCAAUGGGCACCAAGAAAAAAGUCUUGGUUCUCGGAUCUGGUUAUGUAUCUGAGCCUGUACUGGAAUAUCUGUUAAGAGAUGACAGUAUCCAAAUAACAGUAGGCUCUGAUAUGAAGAACCAAACUGAACAGUUAGGCAAGAAAUAUAAUAUUAAUCCUGUGAGCAUGGACAUUAGUAAACAAGAAGAGAAGUUGAGUUCCUUAGUGGCAAAACAGGACCUUGUCAUCAGCUUGUUGCCUUAUGCAUUGCAUCCUCUUGUGGCCAAGGCAUGCAUCAAGAGCAAGGUUAACAUGAUCACUGCAAGCUACAUCACACCGGAACUGAAAGAAUUAGAAAAGAGUGUGGGAGACGCUGGCAUCACCGUUAUUGGCGAACUGGGACUGGACCCUGGUCUUGAUCAUAUGCUGGCAAUGGAAACCAUAGAUAAGGCCAAGGAAGUGGGGGCCACGAUUGAAUCUUACACUUCCUACUGUGGCGGGCUUCCAGCGCCGGAACACUCGGACAACCCUCUGAGAUACAGAUUCAGCUGGAGUCCAGUGGGAGUUUUGAUGAACAUAAUGCAGCCUGCCACCUACCUGCUCAACGGAAAGGUUGUGAAUGUCGCAGGGGGCACCUCCUUUCUUGAUGCUGUGACCCCCAUGGAUUAUUUCCCCGGAUUAAAUUUGGAAGGCUAUCCUAACAGAGACAGCACAAAAUAUGCGGAGAUUUACGGCAUCCCGUCUGCUCACACCCUGCUGCGGGGGACCCUGAGGUACAAGGGAUAUGCCAAAGCUUUGAAUGGAUUUGUAAAACUGGGUCUCAUAAACAGAGAUCCAUUUCCUGCCCUUCGACCUGAGGCCAACCCUGUCACCUGGAAAGAACUCCUCUGUGAACUAGUUGGGAUCUCACCAUCCUCCACGCAUGAUGUGCUUAAGGAAGCCGUCUUUAAGAAAUUAGGAAGAGACCAGACCCAGCUGGAGGCUGCUGAACGGUUGGGCUUACUUGGGGAUGAACAAGUCCCUCAAGCAGAGUCUGUGGUGGAUGCACUCUCCAAGCAUUUGGCCAGGAAACUCUCCUAUGGCCCUGGAGAGAAAGAUAUGAUUGUGAUGAGAGACAGUUUUGGAAUCAGACAUCCUUCUGGACAUUUAGAAAAUAAAACUAUUGACCUUGUGGUUUAUGGGGACAUCAAUGGCUUUUCAGCCAUGGCUAAAACUGUGGGGUUACCCACUGCCAUGGCAGCCAAGAUGUUGCUUGAUGGUGAAAUUAAAGCUAAAGGCCUGAUGGGGCCCUUUUCAAAGGAGAUCUAUGGACCGAUAUUGGAGGGAAUUCAAGCAGAAGGCAUUAUAUACUCAGCACAGAGCACAAUCACACUGUAACUGAGAAUUAUAUCUCGUUAUCUUCCCACAUAGCAUCAUUUUGAACAUUUGUGCAACAAACGUGUUUGCUAAUAUGCUACUUUGAAAUAUAAAGCAUGAUAUUUUUUUGAGUCAGCCAAUAUAAAUGACAUUUUUAAAAUAUAAGUCUCUGAUAUGAAAACAUUUGGAACAGGAGAUGCCAGUAAUUACCAGAGAAGUUUAUAAUUCUACAUGUAUUUUUUCAUGUGUACGUAAAAGUGAUGAUUGUGUUUUAUGUUAA